AUGUCCGCCGGGGGGGGAGGAGGAGGGGGAGAGGAGAGCGGGGUUUCGAGAUGGGUGGAGGCCGGCAAGAAGUGGCUCGUCGGGGUCGCGCUAGCCAGCAGCAUCGUGGGGGGGGGUGGCCUGCUUUCCCCGGGCGCGAUGCCCGCGUUCGCGGGGUCCCCCGAGGAGACAAAGGAGGUCGGGAUUUGCCUGCUGUCCGAGUGCCGGGGGGCGCUUGCGUCGUGCCUGCUUAACCCUAAGUGCUUCGCGAACAUCAUCUGCCUGCAGACGUGUAACGGCCGGCCCGACGAGGGUUACUGCCAGAUCCGCUGCGGUGACCUCUUCGAGAACGAAGCCGUCGGCAAGUUUAACGCGUGCGCUGUGUCCAAGAAGAACUGCGUCAAGCAGCGACAGGACGAUGGCUCCUGGCCGGUGCCCCCUAUCGAGUCGCAGGCAAAGUCUUUCAACCCCAAGCUGAUGGAGGGGCAGUGGUACAUCUCCGCCGGCCUUAACCCGGCCUUCGACACAUUCGACUGCCAGGUGCACUUCUUCAACAGCCCCAAGCCCGGCAAGCUUGUGGGCAAGCUCAACUGGCGCAUCAAGGAGCCCGACGGCGAGUUCUUCACGAGGGACGUGGUGCAGACGUUCGACCAGGACCCCAAGAACCCGGCACACCUGGUCAACAAGGAUAACGAGUACCUCCACUACAGAGACGACUGGUAUAUUCUCGAUUCGGAGCCGAACUCCCACGUUCUGGUGGUAUACCGGGGCAGCAACGAUGCGUGGGACGGGUACGGCGGCGGCACGCUCUACACCAAGGACAAAACCGUGCCGCCAGGGAUCGUGGAGCGCGUGAAGGCCAAGUCUGAGGCUGCCGGCAUCAAGUGGGAACGGUGGCAGUACAACGACAACACCUGCAAGCCCCAGACAAGCGAGACGGCUGAGCUGCUGCGGGAGAAGUACGCCAAGAAGUUGAUCUUGUCCGAGGGGAAGCAGCUGCAGGAACAACUCACUGCCGUCCGAGGGUAUGCGGCGCAGGAGGUUACCGAAGUGGAGUCGUCGACGCUGGAGAAGCUGGAGGACCUCAAGCAGGAGUACGAGGUUGAGGUUGAGCAGCUCGGGACCGACCUGGCGGCUGCCUUCGAGACUGAGCUGCGGUUGUUCGAGGAGGGCUUGGCCGGAGAGGCUAACACCGUCCUCAAUGAGGCCACGAGUAUUAUUACGGGCACCAGCAACAGCAGGGACUGAGCAAUGGGAGGUUCCCAAACGGAAUAGAACCAACGUUUGGUGGGUGUGGGAAAGGUCUGCGCGACUAAAUACAGGCGUGGUGCGGCGGCGGGAACGGAUCGGGUGCCGCCGCAGCUGUUUCGCAGGCGCUGCCCGAGCCCGGUGUGUGCCCUGUUCAGGGCCGUUUUGAUAAUCGUGCAGCGGCAAGAGCGUGUUUUUUGUUUCUGUUGCCAUGCCGUGGCAAAUCUUGUCGGCAGAGAUUGUUUACUUUUGUUGCGAGCCACGCCCGGCUGCAUCGGUUUAGAGAGAAAGGCUUGCAUGAUUGCGGUCCGUACACAACCGUAGACUAGGUAGACCCGGACU